GUUCCCUCAAGCUCUAUGGUCUCACAAACACGUUUUCUAAUCAUUCAUCUCUAUCUUACUAUGCAAUAUGGUUUUUUUUUAUUGAUGUCCUUGGAAACAGGGGCCGGGGUUAUUCUCUGCAUUGAAAAGGCUUUAGAACAAUCUGGGGUGUCUAGGGAAGAUGUUAAUUACAUUAAUGCACAUGCCACAUCCGCGCCGGCCGGAGAUGUCAAGGAGUAUAAUGCUCUGAUUCAUUGUUUUGGCCAGAAUCCUGAGUUGAGAGUGAACUCUACAAAGUCCAUGAUUGGUCACCUACUGGGAGCAUCUGGUGCUGUAGAAGCUGUUGCAGCACUACAGGCGAACCGCACUGGGUGGAUACAUCCAAAUAUCAAUCUGGAAAACCCAGAUGAGGGCGUGUAAGAGGUGGGGAAGAAGAAAGUAAAUGUUAAGUUGCGGAUUAAUGUAUGGGUCAUGAUUCUGGUUAUGUUUUGGAAUUGGACCCAAAAACACAAAGUGUACAUGACUUUUCAGUACAUGUUUUUGGGUUUUGCUCUGCCCAGAGCCAACUGCUCAUCUUUUCAUCAAACCCAGGGCCAAACGGCUCUUUAUUUCCCCAUUUCAAAACAGCCUUCUCGGAUAGACAGGGAAGGCUCCAGAUUUGUACACGUGUCGUGCAGCCAGAUGGUGAGUUCCCUAGGAUGCUAAUUGAAAAGCUAAAACACCCGAGCUUUGCAUCUCCAAUUCUCCAUAUCAGAACCCUCUCUUUCAUUUGUCUCAGCCCCUUCGCUCUCUAAAAUAUGAGAAAUGCUCUCAUGUCUCUAACCUUAAGCCCAUCGCCCAGUCUCACAACCCAUCCAUUCCAUAGCCGCUCCAAUCUCGCUCUAAUGUAGUCAUUCCUGCUGCAACUAAGACCCCAGCAGCAACAUACACCCCCCCCCCCCCAAAUCACUGUAAACCCAGCAUACCAGAGUGAGCUGAGAAGAGGGGAUAUCGAAGGAACUUUGAGCUGACGUCAGUACCAUGGAAGAGACAACGGAAUUGCUACAAAAUCUCAGAUCCGGCGAUGCACUGGAAAACAAAACAAGAAAUGCUCGGAUCCAAAGCCAAAGGUAUAAUUUCCGACUCCCUCUUCUUUGAUCUGUUCUCGCAUGUGUUAGAUCAGUGAAUUUCUAUAUGCUUAUUUAUUGCUUUUCAUGUGCUUGCAUGAAUCGUGAUGAAUGAUGAGUCGAAGAAAAUUCGUGCAAAAUCUGGAUCUGAACUUAGCUUGAGUACUGGUCUCCUCUGUACUACUCGGUCCACCCCCAAACUUGUAUUGUGGUAUUAUUAUUUUUAUAUUGAAACGAGAGUGAAUGAGUGGAGUGGGUCCAAGUAUUACAAAGUCUUCUUUGCAAACCUACUGUAACGUUUUUGAAACUCAAACUCCAGUUGGCUUUCCUUUUAAAUUUCUGCACCUUAAUGUUGAAUGCAAA